AUGGAGCACUUUGCAGUGAAGCGUAUAACUCAAGAAUUAUCUGAAUUACAAAAGCAUAUAUCCCCAAAUUUCUGUGCUGAGCCUGUAGGAACUGAUUUAUUUGACUGGCAUUUCACUCUGAAAGGUCCAAGCCAAACUCCAUAUGAAGAAGGUCUUUAUCAUGGAAGAUUGAUCCUUCCUCUGAAUUAUCCCCUCAAGCCUCCUAAGUUUUUAAUGCUGAACAACAACGGACGCUUUGAAGUGGGCCGAGAAAUAUGUAUGAGUAAUACCAGCUAUCACCCUGAUGAAUGGCAGCCUGCUUGGACAAUUCGCACAAUGCUUGAAGGCCUUGUUUCUUUCUUUCCUGAGGAAUCUGAAGGCGCAAUUGGUGCUUUACGUGCUUCAGAUGAAGUAAGGAAAAGCUUCGCUAAAAGCUCGUGAAAUUUUAAGUGUGAUCAAUGUGGGAGGUUAGGAGAAAUCUGGAGCAGGCAUAAAGAAUGAUUAGCGCCAAUUGAAGAAGAAAAAAAAGAAGAAAAUAAAGGAGAAGAAGGAAAACUUGAAGAAAAUAAAGGAAAUGAAGAGAAGGUUAAGAUAUUAAAAGAAGAAGAGGUGAAGGAGGAGAAAAAAGAAGAAAAAGUUGAGGAAAAUGCUAGGGUAGAAGAAGAGAAAAAGGAAGAAGCUGCGCCUGAUAUGAAAGAAAAAUAUAAAAAUAUGCCUGAUAAAAGCGAGGUGGCGAAGUUUUACCGAAAUAUGAAUAUUCAGAUAAGAGUUCUAGAUUUUUUGAUUUUGAGCUUGCUGGGUUAUAUUUAUUACUCUGUGAAAUUCUAA